UUUACGGACCAAAAUGCAGCAGUUGGAAAAUAAGCCAUCUUCUUUUAUUUUAAAAGAUGACAAACAAUAAACACGAAACACUUUAACAAAAUAACAAAACGACCGUGAAGCUACAAACGUUGUGCACAUACAUACAGGCUACAAACGUUCUACAUAGACAAUUACCCACACCCAAUGAGAGCCUAUGGCUACCCUAAAUAAGGCUCCCAAUCAGAGACAACCGAAAUCAGCUGUCUCUAAUUGGGAACUCAUUCAGGUAACCAUAGACUCUCCUAGAUAACUAACCAACAUAGACAACACUAGACAUAUACACUCAACACAAAACCAUCUACUACACCCCAUAACCCCUUUACCAAAUAAACACCCAAAACCAACAAAACAUAAACAUUACCCAUGUCACACCCUGACCUAACUAAAAUAAUAAAGAAAACCAAGAAUAAUAAGGCCAGGGCGUGACAACAAGCAAACUCAUGUUGCCUGCCCUCUCCAUCCCAAAUUGGUUGUCUAUAGGCUACAGAGAAGCAUACAGUAAAUCAAGUAUAAUAUUACAAACAAAGAAUUACAAUAACUUCAUAAUACAUCAGCAAUAUAUAGAAUAUAUAGGAUCAAUAUGUUAUAUAGCAAAUGUAGGGUACACAAAUCAGAUCAAAUGAUUCAGUCAUACUGGCAUUUGAACUAUAAGAUGAUGUGGUCUCAGAUGCACAGUUUUGUUCACACAAAUGAUAGGCUACUUCUUAAAUAAGCAUUAUUUGGGGCUCAACGCAGCCUGAUGUUGGCUACCAUGGAAACCAUUAAAUGUGCUUUUGUGCUAAUAUUUAUCGAAUUGCAUAUUCAAUUUUAACAGUCCUUCCAAGUGAGGGUAAAUUGAUUCUUGUCAUACUUCAGUGUGUAGAAAUGCGCUAGAAUGAAGGCUAUAUGACCCCACGUUGAGACGCAUGAGGGAGCUCUGUGCGCUUUGGAUAGGUUUAUGGUACCCUUUUACGCGGGUAAAAUGUUAAUGUUUCUCUACACCUAGGGACACAAUAAAGCACAAACUUACGUCGAUAGAACCAAAUACAAUGUUGUGUGUCAUUGACAUAUGGUCGAUCUAUGUUUAGAAUUCUUCUUUAGGCCGAAAAGGUUAGCCGACGCCUUUGGUGAGCCCAGCGAAUAUUUACGCACCAAGAAUGUUUAACCAUUUCCGUGCCCGCAGCGUGACUGUUUUAUUAACCUUGGGUUGUACACACAAAAUAUGCAAUAAAGUACUCCAAAUCAAUCGGGGCAUGAACUCUGUGCAGUAAUAAAUAAAUAUGUUAUUUGUCUUCUCUGUCUGUUGGCAAGGAGACCCUGGUGUCCAGAGCUGUUUAUCAGCUAUAUACAAUGCGUCCUCUACAGAAAAUAUAACCGUGCGCUAACUCGUGGGUUAAUAUAUAAUUUGGACCAUAUGGCAUUUUAAAAUCCACCCUUUAUUUCAGUGGCACUUCGAUCUGUGUGGACCUAGCUAAUGAUGCCCAAUUAGUCAUUAAACAGGACCAAAAGACGAGCCUUGUGUGGUUUCACAUUUGCUAAUAUUUGCUCGUCAAAUAUUUCCUUUGAAACGUUUACAGCGCAUUUUAUCUGCUGGCUGGUCAAGAGACAUCUGCGAGGGUUUUCCUCGUCCUUUUUUUCUAAAUGAAAGUCCCAAUUGGUCCCCCCCACAUUCGCCCUAUCCGACUAUUUGUUCAUGCUUGAAAGAAAAUGUAAUAAAAGAGUCUGAAUGAUGGAUUUAUGAUUUAUCAGAAGCACUUUACCAUAUGGCAGUCGACAUCGGGACAGAUUUUCAAAUGUUAGCUUUAAAAAAAGGAGACUCGAUCGGACUAAUCUUAAACACUGACUUGGGAAAGGAUGCUCAAGUCACGUGACCCGAGACGUGUCGCUUGGAGAUGGAAUACAGUAAAUGGAAUUAACUUACCUUUGGUGUCACGUGUGAAAUUCGAUUUUGAAAGGCCAAAUGAGUAUAUUCAUUAGCCCAACAGAAAACAUGUAGAUUGUUCUUGACACAGCAUAUGGUCCAUCUUCAGGAUACAAUACUGAAUUAUGCGCAUAAUUGUCUAGAGAGAGCAGUGGAUGCGAGCUUCCUAUUCCCUUAUAUUAUGUACCUUAACAAAUAGUUAUCAGAAAUUGAAUAGCCAAACGGACUAUACUUGAAACCCGUCUAGAUGUAAGCCACUGUAGUCCACUGUAAAUACACUGCAUGUGAGAUAAAAAUGUCCCCUUUUGGCCCUACAGUUUAUUACAUGGCAUUGCAUUCUUCUGCUUCAAGUUCACAAUUGCAAAAGCUGUUUUAAUAGGUCUAGUUAACCCAUAAUAAACUUUUUUUUACAAAAAUCUUGGGGCAAUAAUUUUGACCACAACGUUGAAAACAAAUUUUACAUUGGCACUUUAUAAGGGUCAUCCAUAUUUAUAUCCUAUAAUGUGUGGGGUUAAAUAUUGUGGUUCGCAGCUUGACUUCCAGACAAUCGGUUACUUGAGAGUCAGGUACAGUAGGCCUACAUGCAAUAUUGACAUUUCUCCUAUCAGACCACUACGUCAUCUAGAAAAGGCUAAUAGGGUAUAUAUUUGUGAAGUCGCGCGUGAUUCCUGUCAGUGGCGACCUGUGCAACAGACAGGUGUGAAUUGGCAUCCCCUCAGACUCCGAAUAUUCACAUUUUACAGGUAAGGUGUUUUAUGCACUUUACAAUCAGGUCAGUGCAUUUUGGGGAUGAAGUUCCUCAUAUAACAGUUUAUUCUCUUGUUUAUCAAAGGAACAUCAGCACUGUAUACAGGAAUGAUCUUGUUGUUUCAUUUGAUACGGCUCUGAAGAACCAAUUGACAUGUGUGGAACAAAUGUGGACCUGUCAAACGAAGGGAGCGGGUGUGUCAAUCAGCUUGGUGGGGUGUUUCUGAACGGGAGGCCGCUUCCAGCAUAUAAAAGGAGGAAGAUGAUCGAACUGGCAUCGGAAGGUGUGCGCCCAUGCGAGAUCUCCAGAAUUCUGCAGGUGUCAAAUGGCUGCGUCAGCAAGAUUUUGAGCAGGUACCACAAAACCGGCCUCCUGGACCCGAAGGCGACCGGAGGUAGUAGACCUCGACUCCUCACCCCCGAAGUCAUCUCGAAAAUAAUUGAAUGCAAGACGAAAAACCCAACAAUAUUCGCCUGGGAAAUCAGAAAAAAGCUCGCGGCCGAAAGAAUCUGUAAAUCGGCCAAAGUUCCCAGUGUGUCCUCUGUAAACCGAAUUCUCAGGAAAAUUCAACUCGACUCUGCGAUGUUGAGUGUGGAGAUUUCUGGGCACCGCCCCAGAUACCCAGGUCUUCUAGUGGAGACCCCAACGCAGUCAGUAGUGAAGGAGAGGGAGGAGAUGGAGACAGUUGAGGUGAACGAGCUCCAGCCUCCUGGGCCCCAGCAUCGCAACCGCACCACCUUCACCUUGGAACAGAGCAGAGUGUUAGAGCAAGAAUUCACACGGAGCCACUACGCAGACAUGUUCACCAGGGAAAAACUGGCAUCUGAGAUCCAACUUCCAGAGGACACCAUCAAGGUGUGGUUCUCAAACAGAAGAGCAAAAUGGAGGAGGGAAGCCAAGUAUAAGAGCAGUGUCCACGGAGCACAUACUCCAUUUCUGAUGAACCAAAAGAACAAAGAUUUCCCUUCAGUGAAUUCGAUGACAACAACCAACUCAAUGACUCAACAGACUCACUGGAGUCAGAGGGAGAGUUUGGGAGUACAGUUUGACACUUCAUGCUCAGAAAUCUCCCAGAGAUAUGGUCCAGCUACUACAACAGAGAGAGGUAUAGGAGGAACAGAAGUGUUGGGCUAUAGAGGCAUCUCCAUUCCACUUCCAUCCUCAGCAUCUCAAUACUCAGGCAGCACCACGUUCCCAUUGGUCCAUCUCCAGGACGAGAGGACUCCAUCGACUCACCAUGCAGAGAGGUUCAUUUUCCCAUUGGCUCAUCAUUACACAGACGUGAGGACAGUCUUCCCAUUGGCUCAUCAGACUGAGAUGGGACAUUCACUGAACUAUCAUUGGGAUGAUGGGUCAGAUUUCCGAUUGGCUCAUCACCAAACAGAUGAAAGGUUUCUAUUGGCUCAUCACAGGGAGAGGACUGGUGGUCCAUCGCUUAUUUGACAGAAUGUGUCUCCCCUUUUCUCGCAUCAGUGAAUGUCAGAGCCAAACAUUCAUACACACACACACCUCUAUGGCUCUGCUGAUUACUACUGGGCAGGGUAUGCAACAGAGUCAGUACAGAGACAUUCCAAUCAUGACCUGUGUUUAAAAUGACAUUUCUACAGGCUAUUGCAACAUAUCUCAGUGAAAUUGAUGAGUUGUUCUGUUUUGAAAAGUAUUUUCAGUAAUAAAA